CGUCAGGCUUCUUCCAUUGUUCGUCUUGCUGACACUUGUUUGCUUCGUGAUGGUGAACACUGAAACGCUACCGGAGUUAAAAAGUUCCAAAGGAGAUGGCCAUUCAGGUGAUUCGGCGACCGAGAUCGACCAAAAGCUCCUUGAACUCGCAACGCAAGAAGAAGAUACUGAAGAAUGGCGUAGAAAUUUCAAAAAAAUGUCCAAGGAGUUGGCUGAAAAGAUGGCAAACCCGGACAACCCUAAAAAUAAUGACGAACCAUACAACAAUCAAUCAAUUGGUAAACUCCAAGACUCAGCUCGUAAAAAGAAGCUCAUUGCUUCAGUCAAAACCAAACUUUCCACGUUCAGUGGUCCAUUGCCAUCUCGUGCUAAAGACUCCUUAUCAAGUUUAGAUAAAAAAUGGAACGAUCUAUCCAAUAAUAACAAGAAACGUGCCCUACGCACUUUAAGUGUAAUCAAUUCAAACAUCAAGGCGUAUGGCAAUGCUGGUGAAGACCCUGUAAGUGCUAUGAAAGCAGCGAUUACUAUCCUUGCCUCCAUAUCCAGUAAUUUUAGACCAAAAGGGCAGCUUGCAAAUACGGCCCCUGGUUUCGCUUCUGCUUUUCUUGGCUUGCAUGGUAAAAAAGGAAAACAGUCCUUGGAAUUAUUUGUCGGAGAAAUCGAUGGCCUUCUAGCGGGAAUACCCGGGAACGAUGACGAGCUCAUCAGAAGAGGAGACGGUGUGCUUACAGCGUUAAAACAAACUAAAGUGUACUUAGAUGGAGUUUCAAAGUCGAAGAAACCCUUAAGUACAAAGGAAAUGGCUUUGGCCACACAUGAAUUGAAAAGAUCACAAGGUUUACAGUUUUUGGGAGAGCUUGCCAGUAAAAUUACUCAGAUGUUCGAAAAUAAUGACGCUCUCGAUGGAAAACAAGCCAUUAGAUAUUGCGAGAUGUAUGCAAUCCUGACAGCAUUCCGUGACAUCAUCCUAACACAGUAUAUUAGCAUUAUACCGACCAAUAACAACGACACUUCAUCGCAAAAUAACAUUGAUGGGGUAUUGGCUGAUCAAGUGUUGUUUAGAAAAUUGGCAGGAAAGGUACUCGGUAAGUUUUAUGAGGUGGACUACGAUAGUGCGAUCAUUCCAUAUUUUGAUCCAGAUGUCAGCGUCAUAACAGACACCUAUUCAACUAAGAUGCUGAAUGUGGCUAAUUACGAUCGUACUAUGACUGGUUUAUAUUGCCUUUCUUUAUUUAUACGUAAAAAUAAUAAAUUUCACAAAAUGGUUUGGCGAAGAAAAGAUAAAAGGUUCCAACCGGAUGGCAAUCCUUACACAACCAUUACAAUUGAGUAUUACAAACGCUGUCACUGGAAACUAGUGCCACAUGCGGGAAACACCUACAGCAUUGUGACUAAGUACAAAAGCGAAGACGAAAAAACGCCCGAUUAUAGUGGCUCGUUUUUAUCAUGGACAGUAAUAGAUCAAAAGGCUUAUGUGGACAUCAAUGCAAAAGGCCCCAUUUUGUGGGAAAUAAAAGGACAAUCUAGUAGAAUUAAAAACAAAACGGGCUGUGGUAAGAAGAAAAGUAAAUGGUGCGACUGGGAAAUGGGGAUUAAAGAGAGAGCAAUUCAACCUUCAUUAAAAAAAGAUGUUGGACAACUAGUACCUCCAAAUUCAUAUGGAACUCAAUGGCUGUUCAGAAAGCCAGGUAUCUGAUAUGGCUUCCACUGAUGAUGAUGUAAAGCAAUCCUGAUAACUAUGGAUGCUUCUGAAAAUAAUGAUAAUGAAU